AUGGAUGAGAGACGCUCGGCGCUAGUUGACCAACUUGCAAAGCAACGCCUGGUUUGGGCUAGGAGAAAUCGGGGCGAGCACGUCGGAAGCCAUUUCGGCAGAUGGGAAUUGUCAUGGUUUGGAAUUGUUCGCAAAAGACCAUCCUCGCCACACAACCGGCCAGUCCCUGUCCAACGCGCCGAGGUCAGAUCGUCCGCGAUCACUCAAAGGAGCCCUCAGCCCGAUCCGUGCCUAUCACGAAGCAGAAAAGGCCCGGGGCCGGCGCCAAGGCAGCGUGCCGCUGGCCGUUGACGUACGCUCUCAAGUUCAGAGCGAAGUCGGUAAUACUUUCGUCCGACGCCCUCUGUCGCCACACACCAUGGCGUGAGCUCAAUAAAGCAGUCCCCUCCGCUCCAAGUUCCAUCCUAUCGGCGUCAACGGCACUUGUGAGAUCUCCAAAGCUUAAGCCGGAGAGUUUGCGGGGAAGAGAGGAUACACUUGCAACGCAACCAUUUUUCCGGUUGAGAAUCGCCUUUGGCUGGGUUUCUCAGCAACGAGAGAUGCCAAUUCUCUCCUCGCCAAGAAAAACAAACCCCUUGCGGACGACCCCUGACAUUUGUUCACUCAGAACCUCGCAAGCAUUUCCCCGAGUCGAUCCUCGAUCGGAGCCAGCAUUAUCACUUCAAAGAGUUCGUGAGGUUUGCCUUCGACGUCCGCACCAUACAUUCGUUUCGAUGCCCUCAAUGUCGUCUGCGGUCCUGGGGUGACUCAACACCGGGGUCGCGGUCCCUCCUUGGGCUGUGAGCAGUGUCAAUGUUGGCCCAGUGGCACUCCCGCGAGCAGAAUGUUGCGUUCCCAUCUCUACUUACCGGUCAUUGGAAGGCUGCAGUUCGAGUUGCA